AGCGGAGGAGGAACACACACCUUGAGUUCAGACAAAAAGCAGCAGAACCACAUUUGAGGCAACAAGACUUUUUAGAGCACAAUGUUACUGCGGUCUCAUUCAGAGAGAAGACCCCUCCCUGGGUUCUCAGCCCUGCUCACACAAACCGCUCCAAAACCCAGAGAUGCGACCUCCCCACCUCCCCGAUCUUUCGCCCCACGGCAGUCUGUCUUCACACCCGUAUCUCUUACGUCACCACCUCCCUGGGUGACUCAGGCCCUCUCCAACCUGGAGCAAGGAGAAAAAGAACUGCAGGGCCUCCGGGAGCGGCAGCAGGCCGAGGUGGAGGAGGUGAACCGCCAGUUGGACAAUGCAGCGAUUGAAGCUCAGAGAGAGGAGCGGCGUCUUCUCGAGAAGAUCGAGCAGGACCACAGAGAAGCCCAGCGGCAUCUUAGUCAGGUGAAGAGGGAGAACGCUGCAGCCGUGCGGGUUGUGCAGUCACUGGUUGACCAGCAAUUUAGAAAAAUGGGACAACUGAAGGAACAGAUACAAAGAUGGGGAAGUACUGCAGGUGGAUCCAACAAGAAUCAGCUCCAGAGAGGCGUGGCAGAGGUCACCCAGCCGUGGGAAAUCUCUCUGACACUGAAAAGAGUUUGUUUCUUACCAAGUGCAGAGUCCAAGACCUUGAGCUUAGGGGAGGUUAGUGUUAGUGAACAAGGUAUGACUUACCCCAUCGGUGUCUGUGGUGUCCAAGGACAGAAGUGUGCCCUGCACUCAGGGGACACAGCCUUUUUAAACCUCACCCCUCUUGAAAUUCGAAAGGAACCUCAACCAAACAGAGGCGGACAGAGGUCCAGUCCAGAUGGGACCAACACGACAAACACACGCGUUGUCCGGAAACUACAUUCAUCGAGCUCCACGGAGAACGAGGAUGAGCUCAAGUCGCCCGUUCUGAGACACCGCGGAGUGUCUGAGUCCUCUCAAGAUGAAGACCUGGACUCCGUGUGCUCAGACAUACAGGGGCAAGAUUUCUUCCUCGCCAUCCCACCAGUGUCCAGUCAAGGAGAAUCUGAAGGUGAUGAAUCUGAUGGCAGACAGAGUGGAACACUGAGGUGCUCCACGCUGAAGGGGCGGAGGAAGCAAAAGGCCCUGGUCUUGGUCUCAUGUGAGGAGCCGUCCUGUUCUCCUGAAGAAACCGACGAAAGACGCUGUGAUGUGACUCACAGUCUCGCAGAUCUCUCUACUGGACUUCCUCCUCUGUCUCAAAAAGCAAAGAACUCCAGUGAAUCAUCAGCGGAUAUUGGAAGCCCUCCAUCACCAGUGGACAGUGAGGAUUCCAGUUACACAUAUACUGUGGAUUCACCUGUUAAUGGAUCUCAUAAGCAAGAGCAGUGCCGCUCGACAUCCACUGUUGACCUCCCUGGUAAACUACGCCCUCUACUCAACAAGAGUGACAGCAGAGGAUUCAGGAAGGUGAACAGAAUGAGACUUGCCUCUGAACCUUCAGCUCUGGAAGGAGUCCAGGGAAACGACGCAGAAUCCGAAAGGAACAACAUCAGCUCUGAUAAACGACAAUCGAGAUCCCAGACUCGUGUGACACAAGGUUCAGGUUUAACCCGUGUGAGCAGAUCUCUGUCUAUGUCGGCUAUUGAAGGGGACAAAUUACAAGUUAAGGAAUCACAACCAGACAACAAAGAGAGGGAGAAAGUUGUGCCAGCCUUGAGGGACCUGGAGGAAGAGGGGGGCUCGACUGCUCUGGACUCAGCUUAUCUGAUUAAACAGUUUGGAAAACAAGGAUCCGGCCGUACUGACUUCAACCUGCCGAGCGGCGUCCACGCAACUGUCAAAGGGCAGCUGUUUGUGGUGGAUUGUGGAAACGCCCGCAUUCAGGUGACUGAUCUCCAGAAGAACGUUGUGCAGCAGGUUUCUCCUUCAGGGUCAGAAAGAUCUUCCCGUAUCUGCAACUACUUUGACGUGGCUGUGAACUCGAAGGGCCUCAUCGCUCUGACCUGUGCUGCUGAACGUGCUGUGCUGGUGUUCAGCCGUCAUGGACGCCUCCUGCAGACGUUCGGAGGCACGACGAUUGGUUCCAGCAACGAAGAGCUGGACGCUCCCAGAGGGCUGUCUGUCAACCGUCAAGAUGAGUUCAUCGUCGCUGACAUAAAGCGUGGGACUUUAACCGCCCUCAAACUGGACCCCAAAACUGGAUCCAGGCUAGAACGCACAGUGGUAACCGGGUACCACCGACCGUACCUGGUGGCAGCCUGUCUCUCCACUGGGCUCAUGGCGGUGUCAGAACGAGGCAACGAGAGUGGACGCGUCCCGUGCAUUCGAGUCCUGGAGCCUGGCUGGAGCACUAUCCGAAUCCUGGGGGUGUGCUCCGGCUUGGGGCCCGUCCUGACCUGCCCUUGGGGCCUCUGCAUCGACGGCGAUGGGGAUGUCCUGGUGGCAGACUGGGGAAAGCAGCACCACCGUGUUCUUUACUACCCGUCCAAGGGUGUGGGCUGGCCUCUGGUGACGGAUAACCUGAGCAGUCCGAGGGGUCUGGCACUGCUGCCGGACGGACACGUGGUCGUGUCGGACAGUAUGAACCAUUGCAUCAAGAUCUACCGCUACAAAUAAACCACAGAGGAAGAUAGAGAUAGAUGAGGACAGAUCUCAGACUAAUCACUAACAAUAUUUGUAUCGGCAAACAAUGUAGUUUAAUUUACAGCCUCUACCUCUAUGUUUGAUGAGAUCUUCUCAUUAUGAUGAUCAGUGAACGUUAAAAAAGUAUAGAAGAUUAUUUCAUUGCACCAUUCAGAACAGAAACAAUACAAUUAGUAGAUAAAUAUACGAUUGCAUGUUUUUAAAUUGACCUUGAGUGUUGCUUAAGUUUGGUGAAUCAUAUUCUUUGUCCCUGUGAAUCACGCUCAUGUUGCAAAAGAUUCAAUUAAUCAGUAAUCGAGACAAAUUUGAGAACGUUGUAUAAUCUGCAAAUCAAACUUUGUAGUUGACUUAGUGAGGAGCUGUUUGUAAAAAUAAUAAAACUGA